CCAUAGACAUUUGUAGCAAUAAAUCUACACGAGCUGAUGUGGAUUUCAGUGGAUAUUGACAUGUAGUGAGUUUUUACGCUUUGAAUGUGUACCUACGAUAAUGGGUUACAAUGAGUGAUAUGUUUGCAAGGUUGUUGAUCGGUACUCAUAUCAUUUAAAACUAUACGAGACAUUUAUAAAUAUGUAUACAGUCCGUGUGUACUUCCUCUCAGGCACACCCCCUUUUUCUCAAGUUCGUGGAGAAAGCCCGAAUGUGAUUGGUCUAAAUCAGAGGAGGCUGUCUUUUUACUAGCUGCCUGUAUGGCUUUGUUGCCUGUUAGGCCGGAUUAUGAGCGAGAAAAAGUCUCUUGUUAGGGAAGUAGUCCACGAAUGGGGAAAGAAUGUUAGUCUGGUAAAGAUUGAUAACCUAAAUAAGCGGCCUACUUCACAUUUAAAUUGUGUCUGGUUUAGAAAAAGUUGUGCGUGGCUGGGUUUUGCAAGACUUCGAUCGGUGCUUCAUGUAUUGCGCAAAGGUGCCACUUCGCCAGGUUCUUUGUGUUGAGAUGGUUUGUUUUUGUUGAACAGAGCCUCUCGUGGCGAGAUCUUCUGCAAUGUAUGGGUGCUAGUUCGUCUGAUUUCCUGCGGGAGCCACGGAAAUCAGCUCGGAGAAGCUGGGUUUGGGUGUACACGUAGUUGUGAAGCAAAAAUAUUAAAGGAAAGCGCCUGAAAGGAGAUGGGAAAUUGUCUUAAAUCUCCAACGUCGGAUGAUAUAUCUUUGCUUCAUGAGUCACAGUCAGACAGGGCUAGUUUUGGUGAUGGAACAGAUCCAGACCAUGAACCACCACCACCUUACCAGGAGCAGGCUCACAUGCCUGUGUACCACCCCACGCCCAGCCAGGCACGGCUGGCCACACAGCUGACUGAGGAGGAGCAGGUGAGGAUUGCCCAGCGCAUCGGCCUCAUCCAGCACCUGCCCAAAGGCCUGUACGACCCCGGACACGACGCCUCCGAGAAGAAGAUCCGAGAGUGUGUGAUCUGUAUGAUGGACUUUGUGUAUGGGGAGCCCAUCCGGUUCCUGCCCUGCAUGCACACGUACCACCUGGACUGCAUCGAUGACUGGCUCAUGCGUUCCUUCACCUGCCCUUCCUGUAUGGAGCCCGUGGACGCUGCGCUGCUUUCCACCUACGAGACCAACUGACCGCAUUGACCCACACCCCCCCACCCAACAACUCCCCGUCAUGCCCAGGGCCCACACAUAGUCUCUCACACACACACACACACACACACACACACACACACACACACACACACACACA